CAUGUAACUGGUCAGAAACAGUGGUAACUGCCGCCAAAACCCCAACUUUAUUAGUUUGUGUUAUCUUUGAUUUUGUUUUGACCAGAAUUUUAGGUAAAAUGCCCAAAAGAGAGAGAACCUGGGAGUGUGAACAUGAAAGGCAGAAGAAACAGUACAUUACUGGACGAAAGUUUAGUACUGAAAGUAGUCAACCAUCAAUGGAUGACAUAUAUGAUAAAACUUUUAAGUAUCUAUAUGAUGGAGCAAAAAAACCAAUAGAUACUCUUAUUCCCAUGACCAUGGAAUACGAGGAUGAAGAGAUGGUACUUGGAACAUCUGAAGAUGAUACUCAACCUUUAGAUGGUAUACAGCCAGUGCAUGAUGUACAUCAGGCUGAAGAGAAUACCCAGUAUCCUGAUUCAGGGUUUAUGGACUCUGAUGGUUCUUGUUGCUUACCAGAUCACAAAGUUUUAUGCGGUAUUGAAAACCAAGUGCCAAACAAUAACCUCUACAUGGGUGACAUUACCUGCAACUGUAAAUCCAUGAAACAGACCACUCUCGAGCAAUUCUGGCUGUCUAAAAAAGGCAGAGAGCUUAAGAUUCAGGAGGGCAUAAUGUCUCCCACCCAUAAAAUCAAAGGAACUGGCCCAAAGGAGAUGUGGCAACAAUCCUGCUUUUCGCAGAGAUUUUAGCUGUGUAUUUGACAAGCAUCAAGUUACCAUACACCAAGUGAUGUGAAAAGUAUACGCUUCAGCAAGGAUUUUCGUUCCUUUUCUUCAAUAGGGCUAGUAAUUUUAAAAUUUUGCUCAACAGCUCAUUUGUUCUGUUAUCAACAUUUCUUAGUCAUUACUUGUUUUGUGCUAUUUUAUUCUUGUAUGUGAGUUUAUUUUAGUAAAUUAGUGUUAAAUAACACCCGCUGUAUAUUAACUAUUCCAAAUUUUAUGCUUUACCUAACCGAUAACAAUAUUAGGAAUAUUUCAUUUCCAUUUCAAUUGGCCAAUCAAUAUGUUGUAAUACUAGACUGAUUAAUCAUGUAUCAUUAUUUCCUGAAAACUGAUUAAUUGUUAUAAUUUACUGGGCACAACUGUUGCACAUUUUAACUUUUCUUGACUGGUCAUUUUCACUACUCCUGAAUAUACUCACUCAAUCAAUCAAUCAUUAAAGUUCCAUCAAGGCAAGUAGUAGUUUUAAUAUUUUGUUCAACAGCUCAUUAAUUUAAUUAUUAAUUUAGUUUAAUCAUUGUUCUGUUAUCAACAUUUCUUUGUCUUUACUUGUUUUGUGCUAUUUUAUUUUUGUAUGUGAGUUUAUUUUAGUAAAUUAGUGUUAAAUAACACCCGCUGUAUAUUAACUAUUCCAAAUUUUAUGCUUUACCUAUCCGAUAAAAAUAUUAGGAAUAUUUCAUUUUCAUUGGCCAAUCAAUAUGUUAUAAUACUAGACUGAUUAAUCAUGUAUCAUUAUUCCCUGAAAACUGAUCAAUUGUUAUAAUUUACUGGGCACAACUGUUGCACAUUUUAACUUUUCUUGACUGGUCAUUUUCACUACUCUUGAAUAUACUCAUUCAAUCAAUCAAUCAUUAAAGUUCCAUCAAGGCAAGUAGUAGUUUUAAAAUUUUGGUCAGGAGCUCAUUAAUUUAGUUUGAUCAUUGUUCUGUUAUCAACAUUUCUUUGUCAUUACUUGUUGUGCUAUUUUAUUCUUGUAUGUGAAUUUAGUUUAGUAAAUUAGUGUUAAAUAACACCCGCUGUAAAUAAAUUAACUAUUCCAAAUUCUACACUUGACCUAGCCGAUAAAAAUAUUAGGAAUAUUUCAUUUCAAUUGGCCAAUCAAUAUGUUGUAAUACUAGACUGAUUAAUCAUGUAUCAUUAUUUCCUGAAAACUGAUUAAUUGUUAUAAUUUACUGGGCACAACUGUUGCACAUUUUAACUUUUCUUGACUGGUCAUUUUCACUACUCCAGAAUAUACUCAUUCAAUCAAUCAAUCAUUAAAGUUCCAUCAAGGCAAGUAGUAGUUUUAAUAUUUUGUUCAACAGCUCAUUAAUUUAAUUAUUAAUUUAGUUUAAUCAUUGUUCUGUUAUCAACAUUUCUUUGUCAUUACUUGUUUUGUGCUAUUUUAUUCUUGUAUUUGAGUAGUUUAGUGAAUCAGUUUUAAAUGGCAUCCACUGUAAAUGAACUAUUCUAAAUUUUACACUUGACCUAUCCGAUAAAAUAUUAGGAAUAUUUCAUUUCCAUUGGCUAAUCAAUAUGUUAUAAUACUAGACUGAUUAAUCAUAUAUUAAUAUUCUCUCAGAACUGAUUAAUUGUUUAUUAAUUUCUUGCAUAAUGUGCAUAACUGUUGCACAUUUUAACUUGUCUUUACUGGUUUUUUCACUUCUCCUGAAUACACUCAUUCGAUAAAUCAUUAAAGUUCCAUCAAGGCAAGUUAUGUGUUUUGUACAUUUACAUUUAAGAUACUGGCAGCAAGUGGGAUACAGAGCCUUUAAAAACUUUUAAAAUAUUAAAUUUAUUCUGCAAUCAAUUAAAUAUUUUGUAUUAGAGUGGAAGCCGCUCGGUCCGGGUCAGCCGCGCUAACGCGCCGCGCCGUAGGAAGAACGCCACAAAUAAAAGGAUGUGAUCAUUUAGUAAGAUUUAAGACUGAUUAUUUUUAAUCUCUGUAUAGAUGAAGUUAUUUGUAACUUGUAUUUGUGAUUGUCAUAAUUCUCAUUUAUUCAAAGACUCUUUAGUUUAGAAAAUUAAAAUCAUUUAAUACAUGUGCCUGUAACUCUUAGUGUUCUAUGUUUUUGUACAACUGGAUACUUGUGAAAUGGUUAUCAGUGUCAUUUUAUCUCCAGUUAUAAAUUUUAUCAAACUAAGUUUAAGAAACAGUAUGACAGCUGCCAUACAUAGCAAUGGUAGUUAAAUAUGGUUAUAAUGUCAAUUAACAUAUCAUGUAAAAAUAAAAUGUUUGGUUUGUUACAUAACUUAAUGUUUCUUCACAUGUAUAUAAUUUCAUACAAUCUCUGGAUGUUGAGAAAAAACAAAUAAACGUUUUUGUUAUAA